AUGCUCUCUCAAGGAAACCAGAUUUUUGUGACUAAAAUUCACGUCGACCGAACAGGACUAGUAUAUCUCCUUCUUCCUUUUUCCUUUCGUUUUUCUUUUCCGUUCUUUCUUUAUUUCUCUCUCUCUCUCUCUCUCACUCUCUCUUUCUUACGCUCUCACAUUCCUUCCUUCUUUUUCGUUCUUUCUUUAUUUCUCUCUCUCUCUCUCUCUCACUCUCUCUUUCUUACGCUCUCACAUUCCUUCCUUCUUUUUCGUUCUUUCUUUAUUUCUCUCUCUCUCUCUCUCUUUCUUACGCUCUCACAUUCCUUCCUUCUUUUUCGUUCUUUCUUUAUUUCUGUGUCUUUUACGCUCUCAUUCAUUCCUUCUUUCUUUCUUUUUCGUUCUUUAUUUCUGUCUCUCUUACAUUCUCUCAUUCCUUCUUUCUUUUUCCUUUCAUCUCUGUGUUUGUUACGUUCUCAUUCAUUCUUUCUUACCUUUUCGUUCAUUCUUUCUUUCUUUUUGGUUCUUUAUUCAUUUAUUUAUUUCUUACACUUUCUCAUUCUUUCUUUUUUUCUUUCUUCUUUUUCGUUCUUUAUUUAUUUCUCUUACGUCCUCUCAUUCUUUCUUUUUUUUUCGUUCUUUUUUAGUUAUUUCUAUCUUAAGCUCUCUCAUUGUUUCUUUCUUUUUCCUUCUUUCUUUAUUUCUGUCUCUCUUACUCCUUCAUAUUCCUUCAUUCUUGUGCGUUCUUUUUUAGUUAUUUCUCUCUUACGCUCUCAUUCAUUCUUUCUUUCCUUUUCGUUCUUUCUUUACUCCUGUCUCUCUUACGCUCUUAAAUUCUUUCCUUCUUUUUCGCUCUUUCUUCUUUGUCUGUGUCUCUUACGCUCUCACAUUCUUUCUUUUCUUUCUUUCUUUCUUUCUUUCUUUCUUUCUUUCUUUCUUACCAGGAAAGUUCGUGUAAGCAUUUUCCCAGGCAGAAGCGCUCGGUUACUGACAUAG